UAUCGUGUUCAAGGAGAGAGUCGGUGCUAGCAUACGUAGAGAAAUAUAUUUACACAAAAGCUCUUGUACAAUUUAUUAGAAUUUUCACAAAAUCAGGGGAAACACAUAAAAAACGUAGCCCUUUCGAAAUGUUUCGUUCAUAUGUUCAAGAGGCAAUUCGUUCUAGCCGGGCCUUUGUCCGUGCUUACUCUAAAGAUGUAGCAUUUGGUGCAGAGGCGCGUGCAAGGAUGCUGCGCGGUGUGGAUGUUCUCACGGAUGCUGUGGCCGUCACUCUGGGUCCAAAGGGACGCAGUGUUAUAUUGGAGCGGCCCUGGACAUCGCCUAAGAUAACGAAAGAUGGUGUCUCAGUGGCACGCGCAAUUUCUCUCAAAGAUCAGCAUAUGCAGCUGGGCGCUCGUCUGGUUCAGGACGUGGCGGACAGUACGAAUCAGGCGGCCGGCGACGGCACCACGACAGCAACGGUGCUGGCUCGCUGCAUUGCCAAAGAAGGCUUUCAGUACAUAACAAAGGGUGCCAAUCCAGUGGAGAUUCGACGCGGCGUUAUGCUGGCUGUCGACCACGUCAAACAGGAACUGAAGCUAAUGUCGCGGGCGGUCGAGACACGUGAGGAGAUUGAACAAGUAGCCACAAUUUCGGCUAAUGGCGAUAAACAGAUUGGAAAACUCAUUGCCGAUGCAACGGACCGCGUGGGCCGCAACGGCACCAUCACUGUCAAGGAGGGCAAGCGGCUCAAGGAUGAGCUGGAGGUGCUGCAGGGCUUACAAUUCGACAAGGGCUACAUCUCACCCUUUUUUGUGAACACAGCCAAGGGCGCGAAGGUGGAGUACACCAAUGCAUAUGUGCUGAUCACCCUCAAGAAGAUCAAGUCGCUCAGACAGAUUCUGAGAGGGCUGGAGCAGUCGCUGCGACAGCGUCGUCCACUGCUCAUCAUUGCGGAUGACAUUUCUGGCGAGGCGUUGAACGCUCUGGUGAUCAACCGGCUCAAGAUGGGCCUUCAGGUGUGCGCCGUCAAGGCGCCGGCCUAUGGCGAGUACCGAAAGCAGUUGCUUGGAGACAUUGCCGCCGCCACGGGUGCCACGGUGUUUGGGGAUGAUAUUAACUAUGCCAAAAUUGAGGAGGCCAAAGUUGAAGACUUCGGUCAGGUGGGCGAGGUUGUUGUUACCAAGGACACGACCAUGCUACUACAGAGCCAGGGCAAGCCAGAGCUGCUAAAGAGACGAAUCCAGGAGCUGCAGGAUGAGCUAAAUGAUCCCACAACUAAGGACGAGCAGAAGCAGCGUAUACGUGCUCGCAUUUCCACGCUUACCAAUGGUGUCGCUGUCAUUCACAUUGGAGGCACCAGUGAGGUGGAGGUGGGUGAGAAGCGUGAUCGUGUCACCGAUGCUCUCAACGCAACACGAGCUGCCAUCGAGGAGGGCAUUGUGCCCGGCGGUGGCACUGCCCUGCUGCGUUGCAUACCUCGCUUGCUGGAACUGGAUCCGGCCAAUGAGGACUUGAAGCAUGGCAUUGCCAUAGUCACGCAUGCUCUGCGUAUACCCUGCUUGACCAUUGCAGCAAAUGCAGGAGUCGACGCGGCCAUGGUGGUGGCCCAAGUGAUGAACGGCGAGGAUGACUUUGGCUACGAUGCAAUGAAGGACGAGUACGGAAAUCUCGUCGACAAGGGCAUUAUUGAUCCCACCAAGGUGGUGCGGACUGCUAUACAGGAUGCAGCUGGCGUUGCAUCGCUGCUGAGCACCACUGAGGUCAUCAUCACCGAUGUGCGCGAUAAGGAUCCUCUGGCUGCCCUUGGUGGUGGUGGUGGAUUGGAGGAUGCUCUCGGCGGUUUAGAUCUAGGUGGCAUGGGUGGUAUGGAUGCACUAUCCGCGUUGGGCGGCAUGGGAGGAAUGGGUGGAAUGGGGGGAAUGGGUGGAAUGGGUGGUAUGGAUGAAAUGGGCGAAAUGAACAAUGCGAGUAAGGCCGCAGAGAUGAACGAGGCAGUUCAGAGUAUACCCGGUAUGGAAGACGUCACAGUACAUGAUAUUGAUAGCACUCAGUUGUAAAUGUUCAUCUCUCUGUAUCUGUAUAUUUGUUUAGUCCUAUAUUGUUUUGUGUGUUAGUGUCUUGAUUGUUGUAGUUGAGUACCCCAAAUUCUUGUCUUGCUGCCCGAAUAAAAAGAUAAAUUGUUAACAGUG